GCGGCAGACGAUCAGUUGGCUGCCAGCCGAACUGGGAUGUGGAUGUAGACGCGAUGUUCUUGUUUUGCCGGAUUUAAAAGAAAAAUAUUCUGUCGUUUCGAACGAUACUUCGAUGGAAAUAAGGUAGAAAAAGAUGGUUUCUUCCCCUACGGAAUUCUAGAUAAUGAUCUGGCAAAGGUUGCGACUUUGUCCAGUCAUCUACUUACUAAUAUGGAUCGCACAGGGAAUACAUUACAGAGAUGAUGAAGUGGAUCACAUAUACGUUCAGGUCGGACACAACGUCACCAUCCAGUGCAGGGAGGUGGUGGAUGCCAAAACGGUGCAUCGGAUCGAAUGGUGGAAGGAGGACAAGAAAAUCGUGGAUAUUCAGGGGGAGCACAAGUCCACGUGGGAAGCCGCUUCGCACGUGUCCAUACUGCCCAACACCUACACCCUAUACUUUCGUCGGGUGCGAACGGAGGACAGCGGAGAAUAUUCGUGCGCCGUCAACGGAAAGCGACGCAAAGACGGAGUGGUCAAGCUCUUCGUCCAGGGUGAGUUUUUCUACUACUUUCUAUUAUCGUGCUACCUACGGCGCCGAAUCCGUCCGGCGAGAGGAAUUUAUCGCAUUUAUUCGGUCGCGGAUAUCGAUCGCUAUCUCUGUUUCGCUGUCGCGGGGUCGACUAUCGACCGGCCGUUCGAGUCCCGUGUUAGGUUCGAUUGGCGCCUCGUCCCCACCGAUUUAAUUCGAAACCCGGCCGCGGUAUUUGUCAACACCAAUCACGUGAUUAGCGCGCAUUACUCGUCCAAUUACCGAGCGAUACUCGGCUUUUAA